AUAAAGCCGCCUUCUCCUUUUCUGCCUUCGCAAUUCAGGAGUUCGCCCGGCGGCAGCGGUGUGUGUAAGACUGGUCCGAGGAGCUCGUACCUACUGUGUGCUGUCCAAUAAACCGUUUAGCCUCCAGGAUGAAGCGGUUAUGGAUAAUAGGGCUCGUCUGUGCCCUUCUUGUAUUCACAUCUGUUAAGGCGGACGAAGAUGUUGACGUUGAUGGCACGGUUGAGGAUGACCUGGGCAAGAGCAGAGACGGAUCCCGGACAGAUGAUGAAGUUGUUCAGAGGGAGGAAGAGGCUAUUCAGCUAGAUGGACUGAAUGCAGCACAAAUUAAGGAAAUCCGGGAAAAAUCGGAAAAACAUGCCUUCCAGGCGGAAGUGAACAGAAUGAUGAAGCUGAUCAUCAACUCUCUGUAUAAGAACAAGGAGAUCUUCUUGAGGGAACUGAUCUCUAAUGCUUCUGAUGCCCUGGACAAGAUCCGGUUGCUGUCCCUGACCAACGAAGAUGCACUUGCUGGAAAUGAAGAGUUAACUGUCAAAAUCAAGGCGGACAAGGAGAAGAAUAUGCUUCACAUCACCGAUACUGGCAUUGGCAUGACCAAAGAGGAGCUGGUAAAGAACCUGGGAACCAUUGCCAAGUCGGGCACCAGCGAGUUCCUCAACAAGAUGACGGAGAUGCAGGCAGAGGGCCAGUCCACCUCUGAGCUGAUUGGCCAGUUUGGUGUGGGCUUCUACUCUGCUUUCCUGGUUGCCGACAGGGUCAUCGUCACAUCUAAGCAUAACAAUGGCACACAGCACAUCUGGGAGUCUGACUCAAAUGAGUUUUCAGUUAUCGAGGACCCUCGUGGCGACACUCUGGGCAGAGGAACCACCAUCACCCUUGUCUUGAAAGAAGAAGCAUCGGACUAUCUUGAGCUGGAGACCAUCAAGAACCUUGUGAGGAAGUACUCUCAGUUCAUCAACUUCCCCAUCUACGUGUGGAGCAGCAAGACUGAGACAGUUGAGGAGCCCAUAGAUGAGGAAGAGGCUGAGCCAGAGGCGGAGAAGGAUACUACUGAGGAUGAAGCUGAGGUGGAGGAAGAGGAUGAAGAGAAGGACAAACCCAAGACCAAGAAGGUGGAGAAGACUGUGUGGGACUGGGAGCUGAUGAAUGACAUCAAGCCCAUCUGGCAGAGGCCUGCUAAAGAAGUAGAAGAGGAUGAGUACAAAGCAUUCUACAAGACCUUUUCAAGGGACAGCGAGGAGCCUAUGAGUCAUAUCCACUUCACUGCUGAGGGUGAGGUCACCUUCAAGUCCAUCCUCUUUGUCCCUGCCUCAGCUCCCAGGGGUCUUUUUGAUGAGUAUGGGUCCAAGAAGAAUGAUUUCAUCAAGUUGUUUGUACGUCGAGUCUUCAUCACUGAUGACUUCCAUGACAUGAUGCCUAAAUAUCUGAACUUCGUCAAGGGUGUGGUGGACUCUGAUGAUCUCCCCCUGAAUGUGUCCAGAGAAACACUGCAGCAACACAAAUUGCUGAAGGUCAUCCGCAAGAAGUUGGUGCGCAAGACCCUGGACAUGAUCAAGAAGAUUGCCGAGGAGCAGUACAACGACAAGUUCUGGAAGGAGUUCGGAACCAACAUCAAGCUGGGUGUGAUUGAGGACCACUCCAACAGGACCCGACUGGCCAAGCUGCUGCGAUUCCAGACCUCCCACAGCGAAUCUGGACUGGCCAGCCUGGAGCAGUAUGUGGAGAGAAUGAAGGAGAAGCAGGACAAGAUCUACUUUAUGGCUGGAACCAGCAGAAAGGAGGCUGAGUCCUCUCCCUUCGUGGAGACGCUGCUGAAAAAGGGUUACGAGGUUAUCUACCUGACUGAGCCUGUGGAUGAGUACUGCAUCCAGGCUUUGCCUGAGUUUGAUGGCAAGCGCUUCCAGAAUGUGGCCAAGGAGGGCGUGAAGUUUGAGGAAAGUGACAAAGCCAAAGAGAAGAGAGAAGCCCUGGAGAAGGAGUAUGAACCCCUCACCACUUGGAUGAAGGAUAAUGCCCUGAAAGACAAGAUUGAGAAGGCAGUGCUGUCCCAGAGGCUAACAAAAUCUCCCUGCGCACUGGUGGCCAGUCAGUAUGGCUGGUCUGGAAACAUGGAGAGGAUCAUGAAGGCUCAAGCCUAUCAGACAGGAAAAGACAUUUCCACAAAUUAUUACGCAAGUCAAAAGAAAACUUUAGAAAUCAACCCCAGACAUCCCCUCAUUAAAGAGAUGCUGAAGAGAGUCAAGGAUAAUGCAGAAGACCAGACAGCCUCAGAUCUGGCAGUGGUCUUGUUUGAGACCGCCACUCUGCGUUCUGGCUACCAGUUGGCUGACACCAAGGCCUAUGGAGACAGGAUAGAGCGCAUGCUAAGACUAAGCAUGAAUAUAGACAUCGGUGAACAGGUUGAGGAGGAGCCAGAGGAGGAACCAGAAGAGCCAGCAGAAGACGAGGCUGAGGCCGAGGAUGAGGAAGAGGCUCAAGCAGAUGAGGAGGCAGAAGACACGGAAGCUACAGAGAAGGAUGAAUUGUAAAGAAUCUGCAAGCAGGGGAAGGGUUAUAGGUUUGGACUGGGAGGCAGGGUGACGGCUGGAUCCAGCAUGGCCCAUCCUUUCUCUCUGCUAGGGUGGGCUUUAGAGGGGGUGUGACUGGGAUUAGGGCUGGGUGUUUUUUUUUAUAAGGAGCUGCUUUUGUGUUUGAAUUUUUUUUUUUUUAAACAUUCCUCAUGACUGUAAAUUUGUUAAUAUUUAACUGACCCGGUUAUGGAGUGCUGUUCCUGUCACGUGAACCAUUAAAUGUUUCCAGAAAUGGA